UGGGCGGCAGCCGCGGGAGACGGCGACAAGGUCGGCGGCGCUGCUUGGUUCGUUCGCUCGCUCUGUUGCUUCGUCACCAGGAGCCGCUGUGUGACAGACGCUCGAGGCAGUCGGGUUCGGUAGCCGGGGCUAGCCAACAGCCGGGCCGAUCCGACGGGCGACGCAAAGAAGCCGCAGCGGCAGCAAGCCGAGUCUUCGGGGCGGCGGGAGGCAGGCGGUUAUCCAACGGGACAGGAAGGAGGCGGCCAUGGCUGAGGCCGGCGUUGGUGCCGAGCCGCCGCCUCCCUUACCGCCACCACUACCGCCUCCAGCCGUACAGAAGGAACUGGUGUACAAUAAGCUGCUACCCUACGGCGACAAGCUAGAAGCCGAGGCCAGCUACCUCCUUUCCCAGAUCAAACUGAACCUCAGCCGCGCUGUUCAGCUUCAGGAGCUUUGGCCCGGCGGCCUCUUCUGGACGAGAAAGCUUUCCACGUAUCUCCGGCUGUAUGGGAGAAAGUUUAGUAAAGAAGAUCAUGUUCUUUUCAUUAAGCUGUUGUAUGAACUAGUAACUAUUCCAAAAUUGGAGAUCAGCAUGAUGCAAGGUUUUGCUCGACUUUUAAUAAACUUGCUGAAAAAAAAAGAACUUUUGUCAAGAGAUGAUUUAGAAUUGCCCUGGAGACCACUUUAUGAAAUGCUGGAACGUAUAUUGUAUUCUAAGACAGAACAUCUUGGAUUAAAUUGGUUUCCAAAUUCAUGUCGACCAGGCUUGUCUUCACCUAAAACAUUUGUGCUUAAUGUUUUACAUAGGUGCUCAGUAGAAAGUGUUUUGAAGACUCUUGUGAAAAAUUGUCGGCUUUAUUUCCCAGAAAGUGCCACAGCAGAGAUGUUAGACGAAUGGCGCCCAUUAAUGUGUCCUUUUGAUGUCACCAUGCAAAAAGCUAUCACUUAUUUUGAACUGUUUCUACCUACCACUCUUCCUCCAGAGUGCCAUCACAAAGGUUUUAAGCUCUGGUUUGAUGAAUUUCUAGGCCUUUGGGUUUCAGUUCAAAAUCUUCCACAAUGGGAAGGGCAUCUGGUCAACCUUUUUGCACGUUUGGCCACUGAUAACAUAGGAUACAUCAACUGGGAUCCCUAUAUUCCAAAGAUAUUUACUAGAAUACUGCGUAGCUUGAAUCUUCCAGUAGGAAGUAAUCAGAUGAUGGUUCCACGAUUCCUAACAAAUGCUUAUGACAUAGGGCAUGCAGUUAUGUGGAUCACAGCUAUGAUGGGUGGACCAAGCAAGCUUGUACAAAAGCAUUUGGCUGGAUUAUUCCAAAGUAUUGCAUCUUUCUAUCAUCCCUCAAAUAAUGGUCGCUGGUUGAAUAAGCUAAUGAAGCUACUUCAGCGUCUACCCAGUAGUAUAGUCAGAAGAUUGCAUCGUGAGCGCUAUAAGAAGACGAGCUGGCUGACUCCUGUGCCUGAUAGCCAUAAGCUUUCUGAUCAGGACAUAACAGAAUUUGUAGAAUGCAUUAUACAACCUGUCCUGCUGGCAAUGUUUAGCAAAACUGGAAGUUUAGAGGCAGCCCAAGCUCUACAGAAUCUUGCACUAAUGCGUCCUGAGUUGGUAAUCCCACCAGUACUUGAAAAAACAUAUCCCGCACUAGAGACAUUAACAGAACCUCAUCAGCUGACAGCUACAUUAAGUUGUGUAAUUGGUGUAGCUCGUAGCCUGGUAUCUGGGGGCAAGUCAUUUCCUGAAGGUCCAACACAUAUGUUGCCUCUGUUGAUGAGAGCAUUGCCUGGUGUGGAUCCAAACGAUUUUAGCAAAUGCAUGAUCACAUUCCAGUUCAUUGCAACAUUUUCUACUCUCGUGCCUUUAGUGGAUUGUUCAUCAGUACUACAAGAGAGAAAUGAUCUCACAGAGGUGGAGAGAGAACUGUGCUCUGCUACUGCUGAAUUUGAAGAUUUUGUACUGCAGUUUAUGGACAGAUGUUUUGGACUCAUAGAAAGCAGCACAUUGGAGCAAACAAGAGAGGAGACUGAAACUGAAAAGAUGACUCAUUUAGAGAGCUUAGUGGAACUAGGACUAUCUUCUACAUACAACACAAUCCUCACACAGUGCUCAAAAGACAUAUUUAAGGUUGCCUUGGAUAAGGUUUUCAAUUUUGCUGUCUCAAAUAUUUUUGAGACAAGAGUGGCUGGUCGAAUGGUGGCUGAUAUGUGCCGAGCUGCAGUGAAAUGCUGUCCAGAGAAGUCUUUGAAGCUUUUUGUACCCCAUUGCUGCAGUGUUAUAACACAUCUCACUCUCAAUGAUGAUGUAUUACAUGAUGAAGAGUUAGAUAAAGAACUCCUCUGGAAUCUUCAACUUUUAUCAGAGAUCACUCGUGUGGAUGGGAAGAGGUUGCUGCCAUACAGGGAGCAGCUUUUGAAGAUUCUGCAACGAACCCUCCAUUUAACCUGUAAGCAGGGUUACAUUCUGUCUUGUAACCUACUGCACCAUCUUCUUCGUUCUACUACACUUAUCUACCCCACAGAAUACUGCAGUGUGCCAGGUGGUUUUGACAAGCCUGUUUCUGAAUACUUUCCUAUCAAGGACUGGGGUAAACCUGGUAAUCUACAGAAACUUGAUAUUCAGUGGCAUGUUCCUUCAGCUGAAGAAGUUGCUUUUUCUUUUGAAUUGUUGGAUACUUUUCUCCAGCCAGAGAUUAACAAACUGGAGCGGUAUUCAGAUGGAAGUCUUGAAAUGUCCAGAGAUGAUGUUCAGCAGUGUCUUACUAUAGUACACAAUUGCCUUAUUGGAUCGGGAAACAUGCUGCCACCUCUGAAAGGAGAAAAAGUGGCUCACAUGGUUCCAAGUCUAGUGUCAUUGGAAGAGAUCAAACUUUUUACAGGUGUUGAAUAUGAUUUGUCGAAAGAGAAUUACAGGGAAAGAAUCUGCAAAGUGACAAGGAAACUCCUACACUUUGUACUUGACAACUCGGAGGAUGAUACUAAGUCUUUGUUCCUAAUCAUUAAGAUCAUUGGGGACCUCUUACAUUUCCAAGGUUCACAUAAGCAUGAGUUUGAUUCACGGUGGAAAAGUUUUAACUUGGUGAAGAAAUCAAUGGAGAAUAGGCUUCAAGGCAAGAAACAGCAUAUUAGAGCACUGCUCAUUGACAGAGUCAUGUUACAGCAUGAGCUAAGAACACUCACUGUUGAAGGCUGUGAAUAUAAAAAAGUACAUCAGAACUUGAUCAGGGACCUUCUUCGUUUAUCUACAAGUUCAUAUGGUCAGGUCAGGAACAAAGCUCAACAAGCAUUCUUCACAGCCUUGGGGACUUACAACUUCUGUUGCAGAGACAUCAUUCCUUUGGUUUUGGAGUUUCUGAGGCCAGAUGGGUACAGUGUCACCCAGCAACAAUUUAAAGGUGCCUUGUAUUGCCUUCUUGGAAAUCAUAGUGGAGUAUGUCUGGCAAAUCUUCAUGAUUGGGACUGCAUUGUCCAAACUUGGCCUGCAAUUGUCUCUUCUGGACUUAGCAAAACAAUGUCUCUGGAAAAGCCUUCCAUAGUUAGACUCUUUGAUGACCUUGCAGAGAAAAUCCAUCGGCAGUAUGAAACAAUAGGACUGGAUUUUACUGUCCCAGAGACAUGUAUUGAAGUUGCAGUUCUCAUGCAGAAGUCAGUGGGUCAAAAUGGUGAAUGUACCAGCCUUAGUUUAGAAGAGAUUGAGCUAGGAAUUCAGCGACAGAAAGAAAGGAAUGCCGAGUCCUCUCAAAAUUAUGAAAAUUUGAUAAAUAAGCUUCUAGAUUGUGUGAAUCAAAGAAAUCUCCCUUGGAAGUUUGAGCACAUUGGCAUUGGUUUCCUGUCCCUACUUUUAAGGGAUGACAGAGUGCUACCUGUAAGAGCCAUAAAUUUUUUUGUGGAAUGUCUAAAUCAUGAUGUCUUGGUGGUUCGCAAGAUGGCAAUCUCUGCUGUGGCUGGCAUCCUUAAGCAGCUGAAAAGGCCCCACAAAAAGAUGCUCAUUUGUCCUUUCCAAAUCAGUGGAUCCCCACAGCCUUCUAAUAUCCAGGCAGGUGACAGAUCUGAUAACCAAUGGCUGCAUUAUGACAGUGCUAAUUUACCAAAGACUAAACAAAAUUGGGAGGCCUGCUGUUUUGUGGAAAAAACACAUUGGGGAUACUACACUUGGCCUCAAAAUAUGGAAAUCUAUGCUUCUGUAGAAGAGCAACCAAAACUUGGGAGGAGUAGAAAGGAACUUUCAGAGGCGGAGCAAGUCAUUUAUGAUCACUUUUCUGAUCCUAAUUUUGUUGAGCAGUUAAUCAAGUUUCUUUCUUUAGAAGACAGAAAAGGAAAAGAUAAAUUUAAUCCACGAAGGUUUUGCCUCUUUAAGGGUCUUUUUAGAAAUUUUGAUGAUACCUUCUUACCUGUAUUGAAACCACACUUAGAACGUCUUGCUGAAGAUUCCCAUGAAAGUCCUCAACGCUGUGUGGCUGAAAUUAUAGCUGGUUUGAUAAGAGGGUCUAAACAUUGGACAUUUGAAAAGGUGGAGAAUCUCUGGAAAGUUCUCUGUCCACUUCUUAGGACAGCUUUAUCCAAUAUUACAGUAGAAACUUACAAUGACUGGGGGACAUGUAUAGCAACAUCAUGUGAGAGCAGAGAUCCCAGGAAAUUGCACUGGUUGUUUGAAUUGUUAUUGGAGUCUCCACUGAAUGGUGAAGGAGGAUCAUUUGUUGAUGCAUGUCGUCUGUAUGUUUUGCAAGGGGGUCUUGCACAACAAGAAUGGCGAGUGCCGGAAUUGCUGCACAGAUUGCUGAAAUACCUAGAGCCUAAGCUCACCCAAGUUUAUAAAAAUGUCAGAGAGAGGAUUGGAAGUGUUUUGACAUACAUCUUCAUGAUAGAUAUUUCUUUACCAAAUACUGCACUAACAAAGUCUCCCCGUGUCCAUGACUUCACUUCUCGAAUACUUGAAAAACUUAAACCUCUUAUGGAAGUGGAUGAAGAAAUUCAGAAUCACGUUUUGGAAGAAAAUGGAAUUGGAGAUGAAGAUGAACGAACUCAGGGCAUUAAACUACUGAAAACUAUUCUAAAGUGGUUGAUGGCAAGUGCAGGGAGAGCUUUUUCUACAGCUGUUACAGAACAGCUUCAGCUUUUGCCAUUGUUUUUCAAGAUUGCACCUGUAGAAAAUGAUCAUAGCUAUGAUGAAUUGAAGAGAGAUGCUAAAAUGUGCUUAUCAUUAAUGUCUCAGGGAUUGCUGUAUCCUCAACAAGUGCCUUUGGUACUUCAGGUGCUAAAACAAAUUGCAAAGAGUAAUUCCUGGCAUGCUAGAUAUACUGUGCUAACCUACCUCCAGACUAUGGUAUUUUAUAAUCUUUUUAUCUUCUUAAACAAUGAAGAAGCUGUGAACAACAUCAGAUGGCUGGUUAUAAAACUAUUAGAAGAUGAACAGCUUGAGGUGAGAGAGAUGGCUGCUACCACUUUGGGUGGUUUGCUCCAGUGCCACUUCCUGGAGAUUGAUAACCCUAUGCAGACUCAUUUUGAGCAGCUCUGUAAAAUGAGACUUCCAAAGAGAAGGAAACGAGACCUCAGUACUGUAGUGGAUACCAUUCCCCCUGCAGAUUUAGUUAAACGUCAUGCUGGCGUGCUUGGACUUAGUGCAUGUAUUUUGUCCAGUCCAUAUGAUGUGCCCACGUGGAUGCCUCAACUUUUGAUGGAUCUUAGUGCGCAUCUGAAUGAUCCUCAGCCUAUUGAGAUGACAGUAAAAAAAACAUUGUCCAAUUUCCGGAGAACUCACCAUGAUAACUGGCAGCAACAUAAGCAACAAUUCACUGAUGACCAGCUGCUUGUCCUUACAGAUCUUUUGGUAUCACCAUGCUAUUAUGCAUAAAAGGGUGAGACUGUGUUGUAAAAUCUGUACCCUUGGGCUAUCUCGGAAUGGUCUUCUUGAUAUCCAGCUUGACAUAGCAAAAUGUCACCUUUCAAACAGUGCCUUGUAAUUUUUAGACUCAUUAAAUGAAACCAAUACUGUCUGGCCUUUUCCUUCCUUCAUAUAAGAAUCUCUUUAGAAUUCUCAUUUAAAAAUAUAAAAUUAAAAAUUAUUACCUUUUUGACUUAAAUUGAAAGAAUAUAAUCAAAUUGGGGCAUGUAUUGAAUAUGGUGUCAAAGACAUUAAAACAUAAUUUUUGCUAUCCCAAAGGUGCCUUUCAAAAGGCAACUGGAUUUUCUUGGGUCUUUUUUCCCCUUGAACACAUUUCACUCCUUGUCCUAGAAGCUCUUCAGUUCUGACUGAAUGGUGGGGGAUAGAAGAAUUUAUAUUCUUUGCUGUCAUCUGGUCCUUAGUACUCUAAGAGUCGUUGAGGGCCACUUGGAGAUUUACUUGUACCCACAGGGUCAUCUGAAUCAGCUUGCAAAUGGGUGUGGAACCUUCUUGGGACUGCUGGAAGGACUGUAUGGUAGAAACCAAGAAAGUCUAGUUGCCUUUUGAAAAGCACCUUUGGGUAACCAUGAUCUGGAUGAUUGAGAAUCUCCAUAGAUAACUUUUGCUAGUUUUCCACUAUAUUAUCUUGAAAUCAGUUUACAUUAACCUUGCAUUAUAUUUAUUUUAUGUGAUGAUAAAAUGGGGUUCACACUAUAUUUACAUUUUA